AUGGGAAGUAAAACCCUGCCAGCCCCAGUGCCUAUCCAUCCUUCCCUCCAGCUUACCAACUACUCCUUCCUGCAAGCAUUCAACGGGCUGCCUGCUGUGCCCUCUGAACACCUCUCCAACCUCUAUGGCUUCAGCGCCCUGCACGCUGUGCACCUGCACCAGUGGACUCUGGGGUACCCGGCCAUGCAUCUGCCCCGCUCCUCCUUCUCCAAAGUGCCCAGCGUCUCGAGCCUGGUGGACGCACGCUUCCAGCUUCCAACCUUCCCACUCUUCCCACAUGUCAUCCAGCCCAAGCAAGAGGCCACCAAUAUGACCCUCAAAGCCAAACCCCGCUUUGACUUUGCCAACUUAGCUGUGUCUGCCACACAAGAGGACCACUCUAAACUGGGACAGGCAGACAGUCAGGGCUCAGCCACAGGGCUAGGGUCUUUGCUUGAGGUGACUAAACUCUCUCCGGAGAAGAAACCCACACGAGGAAGGUUACCAUCCAAAACCAAGAAGGAGUUUGUGUGUAAAUUCUGUGGCAGGCACUUCACCAAGUCCUACAACCUUUUGAUCCACGAAAGAACCCACACUGAUGAACGACCCUACACAUGUGACAUUUGUCACAAGGCCUUCAGAAGACAGGAUCACCUGAGGGAUCACAGAUAUAUCCAUUCUAAAGAAAAGCCUUUUAAGUGUCAAGAAUGUGGGAAAGGAUUUUGCCAGUCCAGAACACUAGCAGUCCACAAGACUCUGCACACGCAAGUAAAGGAACUGAAACCUGCCAAACUUAAGUGCUGAAUCUCCAACUUCUCUGAACUUUUCCUCCCCUUCAGACUACAUCAAAACCAGAGCAGCAUCAAAACUUUCAGCAUGGGAGCACUGGACUUUGUGCUUUGGUUUUGUUUGUACUUUAAAAAGGGCAAAAUUCACACCCUCCUCAAUUCCCCAUCCAAGCAACUAACGUCCUAAGUCGUGGGUGAAAAAUUAUUUUGCAUUUAAAAUAUACAUGAAUGAUGCAGAGAGUGCUAGCUGACUUGUGUGGCUUUGAUAAACUUUAUGCCAAAAGGUGGUGCUCACGUGUUGGAUAGGAAUCCCUUUAAAACCAACAAAACCCCACUAGAC